AUGCCCGGUGCUAUAUCCAACGAUGCUGCCACGCCCGCGCCUGCGGAGAGGGUUUGUGGGAUCUAUCAUAUUACGCAUCCGCGCUCAGCGUCGAAUCUCUUCCAGAAUAUGAUGGGUCGGCAGCCGGGGUUCCAGUACUCAAGCUACAAGUUGUUUGGAGCGGGAUUUGGGGCGUUGACGCAGUUGCAGAGGGGGCCGCUGGGGGAGUGGCCGAAGGAGGAUCGCGAAAGGUUGUUUGGGUUGUUUGAGGCGGGGUUUGAGGGGAUGCAGGAGGAGGUUGAGGGGGCGGUGAGGAGUGGCAAAAAGCUGUUUAUGAAAGAACAUGCAGUCUUUCUCUCCGCCGCCGAUAAACUCCUAGGCCGCAUCUACAACAAUGACAAUGUUGCCCCCUUAGUCGUGCACGAGCGCGGUGUCGCACCCAACAAGUCGUCUCAUACGAAUCCGACUUCGCUGCCCGACAGUUUUCUGUUGAAGUUCCAGCCGAUUUUCCAAAUCAGACAUCCAGUCCUCAUGUUCCCCUCGCUUGUCCGCGCGCAAAUGGACGUCAAGGUAGCGGGUCGACCCUGCGACUCCAUCUGUCAAGUCAUGCUUCAGCUGCGCGAUUCACGCACUUUAUACGACUGGUACGCUGCAAAAACUGCAAACACAGGAAUCAUCCCUCGUGUCAUUGACGCCGACGAUGUCAUGAACGAUGCAGCUUCCAUGCGCAAACUCUGUCUAGAAACAGGUCUCAAUCCCGAUGCCAUUGUGUAUGAGUGGGAGGAGCGCGUGGUCGAGGACCCGAUGCAAGCGAGGUUUUUGUCUACGCUGGCGAAGAGCAAGGGGAUUUUGAAGGGUUUGGAUGCUAAAGGGAAGAGUGUAGAGGGGGAGAUGGAGAAGUGGGCUAAGGAGUUUGGGAGGGAGGACGCGGAGGAGUUGGCGAGGUUGGUGGAGAGGGCUAUGGGGGAUUAUGAAUAUUUGUAUGGUAAGAGGACGGUUGCGGAGGAGACGGAAUAG